AUGCUGGGACUCACUGAGUGCAGGUUUCUGGUUCUGACUGCCACUCAGUUCAUUCUGGGAAUGCUGGGGAAUAGUUUCAGGCUGGUCAAUGGUAGCAGCUGGUUCAAGAACAAGAGAACCUCUUUGUCUGACUUCAUCAACACUAACCUGGGUCUCUCCAGGAUUGUUCUGCUGUGGAUUCUCUUGAUUGAUGGUGUUUUAAUGGUGUUCUCUUCCAAACUCUACGAUGAAUAAUUUGCAAUCAUGCAAAUUAGUGAUAUUUUCUGGACAUUUACAAACCGUCUGAGCAUUUGGCUUGCCACCUGUCUCAGUGUCUUCUACUGCCUGAAAGUCGCCAGUUUCUCCCAUCCUACGUUCCUGUGGCUCAAGUGGAGAGUUUCCAGGUUGGUUGUAUGGAUGCUGUUGAGUACCCUGCUCUUAUCAUGUAGCAGUGCCGUCUCUCUGAUCCAUGAAUUUAAGAUCUAUUCUGUUCUCAGUGGAAUUGAUGGAACGGGGAAUGUGACUGAACCCUUUAGAAAGAAAAGAAAUGAAUAUAAACUGAUCCAUGUUCUUGGGACUCUGUGGGACCUCCCUCCCUUAAUUGUAUCUGUAGCUUCCUACUUUCUGCUCAUCCUCUUCCUGGGGAGGCAUAUGCGGCAGAUGCAGCAAAACUUUACCAGCUCCAGAGAUCCAAGUACUGAGGCCCACAGGAGGGCCAUCAAAAUCAUCCUUUCCUUCCUCUUUCUCUUCCUACUUUACUUUCUUUCCUUUUCAAUUUUGACAUCCAUAUUUCUACCAGCAACUGAGGUGGUUAUGAUGACUGGAGAAGUAAUUACAAUGUUAUAUCCUGCUGGCCGCUCAUAUAUUCUCAUUCUGGGAAAUAAUAGGCUGCAGCAGAUGUUCAUGGAGAUGCUUUGGUGUGAGCCUGGUCAUCUGAAGCCUGGAUCCAAGGAACCCGUUUUUCCAUAG